UCUUUGUUAAAGUAUUAAAACUUAAAAAAUAACUAUAUAAAUAUAUAUUUAUUAUUAUAUUAUCAAUAUUUUCUAAAAAUGUCUUGUGUAAAAUAUUCAAAUGGCAAUAACGAUGGAGUUGCAGAAGCAAUUGGAAAUUGGGGUUUCUCUAAUAAAACUUGUAGUAGCGGUCAAGAACUUCAACGUUUGAAAUGUUUAUUUGCAAAGAUGGAUUGUUUGCGUACUACGAGACCUAUGACGUAUGUACAAUAUAAUCGUAAAAAUGAUCCUGAAGCAUGGCACGUUAAACCAAGUCCUGAAGAAUGUAAACCUGCAUGGGUAUUUCCCGAAAAUAGGCCAUUGAUUACUUACGAUUCAACAGCAAAUAUUAUGCUGGUGUCCAAUUUUCAUGAUGUUGCAUCUGAUUUAAUUUACAAGAUACCUGGUAGAACAUAUAUGUUUCAAGGUACACUUAAGUGGUAUAGAAGAGGUCCAGAUUGUUGUCCACAACCAAGUUGUUUAGCACCUCAAUGUAAACCAUUGUGUUAUGUUUAAAAAAUUGUAUAUUUUACUUACAAAUAAUACUUGUAUCAAUGUUUUCGCUGCAGUC